AUCCAGAAUACACUUCCAGCGAGAGCACUGGCUAGUUCAGCUUCGUCGGAGGGAUUCUCAAGAACACGUGAUGUUACACUCGGCUUUCGCCCUCUGUCUCUUCCUGGUUGCAGUGUCUUCCAACCUUGCCAUUGCCAUCAAAAAAGAGAAGAGGCCUCCUCAGACACUCUCAAGAGGAUGGGGAGAUGACAUCACUUGGGUACAGACUUAUGAAGAAGGUCUCUUCCAUAUUCAAAAAAGUAACAAGCCAUUGAUGGUCAUUCAUCACUUGGAGGAUUGCCAAUACUGCCAAGAACUCAAAAAAGUGUUUGCCCAAAAUGAAGAAAUACAAGAAAUGGCUCAGAAUAAUUUCAUCAUGCUGAAUCUCAUGCAUGAGACCACAGAUAAAAAUUUAUCACCAGAUGGGCAAUAUGUGCCUAGGAUCAUGUUUGUGGAUCCUUCUUUAACAGUCAGAGCCGAUAUAACUGGAAGAUACUCUAAUAGACUGUACACAUAUGAACCACAGGAUUUACCGAUAUUGAUAGAAAACAUGAAGAAAGCACUGAAACUUAUUCAAUCAGAGUUAUAAGAGAUUACCUUGAAGAGGUCAAAUGUCAUGAAGACGACCUUCUGGUGAACUCACUAAUAUUAAAGGUGUAACUAUAUGGACUCUGUAAUGUUACAAUUUAGAUUUUUAAUGUGCUUGGUAUAUUCUUAUGAAGGUAAAGUUAUAUUUCAAUAAAGGUCAAAACCUGAGCAUAACAAUGUAGUAGCAGCUUGACUUCUGUCUGCAUCAGUAGCAAAGGAAGCUGGCCACGAACUGGGAGUUAGGUUAGGGUAGAGAAAGGGCCUCCAGAAGAGGUACCUACAUACACUGGUUGUCUUUAUUUCCUCACCUCCCUAUCCCUCCACCAUGUGAUCUCAUCUUAAUUCUGCUCCUCCACUGCACUGAACCUGCUGGCAUAAAUCAUAAGGAAUGUGCACGCUGCCAGAGCAAAUGGAGAAACUUCUGUGCACUUACUAUUUGAACUUUUAACAGCAUAUUUCAGAGUUAACCUCUUACUUCUUUUCUUGCCUUAAAUUUAAAAACUAAUUGUAAAAAAUUAAAAAUAUACUUAAAAAUUUUAACAAUGUGUUUUCAUUAAUUAUUGGGUGGAUAUUUAGUACUUUUAAUAAUUUUAAAGAAAAGUGUAACUGCCUCUAGAAGACUGAAAAUGUUCCCCAGGUAACUAGCAGGAGAAGAUUACAUCCCUUCUGAAAUUAUCAAACACACAACUGCCAAUUCAAUCUUCACAGGAAGGUCUGAAGGAUCAGUGCCAUGUCUUCUAUUCCUUUAAAUUCCUAAUUUUUUAAUGGAAAAACUUCCCAGAAUCAGCUGGGAGUAAUUCUCAGAAGUGAGAGAAUGUUUGAGAUAGACUGAAAUUUUCCCAACCCAUAGGAUUUGAUUGCAUUGAAAUAAUUUUAAUUGAGAUAUAAAAUUGCACUUUAAUAUGAGAUAGAUGUGUAAAAAUACAAUGUAUAUGAUACAGAUUUUUUUUUAUUCAUUUCAAUGUUUCAUGAUUCAGAGGAAAAAAAAGUUUUCCAGGUUUUAUUUAUCACUAUUUUAUUCAUUUUAAGCAGAUUUAGUAUCUGACUUAUUUGGAUAUGAGGAGGCUACCUGACCAAUAACUAGAUAUCAGUGCUAGAUAGCCAUGUGGAAAAGAAUAUUAAAUAUCUUAUAUUUAAUUUUUUAAAUUUUAGAUCAAAGUCUGAAAGUUGAUUUUUUAAUGAAUGCUAAGACACCCAAGUGCAUUGGCAUUCUCUAACUUAAUGAUUUAAAGUAUGAUGACUAAAGUAAUACAGCUGAUUCCAUUGUUGCAAUAGUAAUGCAGAGGCAGAAAAUGUCAGUGGUCAUUUGCCGUGAAGUAAGAAAAGGUCAGUUGCUCUUUUAAGAACUAAUAAGUAAAAUAAAAUGUUCACUAUUUUUCCUCAAUUAGUGUAAAAAUGUUACUAAAUAAUAAAUUUAUUCUUCUUUAUCAUAAAAAUGUAUGUGCCUUUGUAUUUUAAUAUACAUAUGAUUAUAUGUUAUUGUAUACAAU